AUGCAGCAGCAGCUGACCAGUGCCCAGGCCUCUCUCAGCCAAGCUCGCGUCACUCAGGCUAAGGCGCAGAAAGACCUGCAGAGCCUGGACUCAGGACUACGUCCAAGCAACUGGUUUGCCUCCAGUGCGAAGAAGGAGGGCCGAGCACAGGCCGGGCAGGCGGCGCUGGACGCCGCCAACGCUACCGUGAGGCAGGCUGAGGGUGUGGUGGCGGACAUGCAGUCUAGCCUGGCUCAUGCUCAGAGCGAGGAAGCGCAGCUGAAUGGACAGGCUGCCUUGCUGCAGAGCCUGCGUGCCAGACGAGCCAGCCUGCUGGAGGCCAUCUCCCAGUCGCCCUCAUUUGCAGCCCAUCCGGGCAUGGCCUCCCUGUCUGCAGCCAUCGCCGCCGCCCGCGCCGAUGCCGCCCAGAACGCUGGCUGGGCGGCGCAGUACGCCACCGCCGAUGCCGGGCUCAGGAGGGCCCUGAGCCUGCUGCAGGCGGCCCUCCAGAGCCUCAGUGGGGCACGCCGGGUCGGCACCGUGGGCUUGGUCCAGGACGUCCGCCGGCGUCGUCGCACGGGGACCUCCCGAGGCGGCCCCAUCACCGGCGACGUGAUCCAGAUGGUGCAGGUGCGCCGGGCCAACGGCAUGGUCUCGCAGGCGGCCAACGAGAUCCUGCGCGUGCAUGCCGCGCUGCCCACGCUGCCCUACGUGGAGCCGGCACUGCUGCGCAACGCCUCGGCGGGCAUCUUCGCAAACAUGCUGGUGAGCAGCCUGGCCACGCAGGUGCUGUCCCAGUCCCGCAUCGUGGGCAGCCUGCGGGAGGUGGAGAGGAUGGAGGGGCAGGUGAGCCAGUGCGCGGGCUGGACCAAGGCGAAUGCCGACGCCUUCAGGGGGAGGGAGGCGGCUGCUCUGAGCACCCUGGCCGCCAAGACCGCGGAGCUGGAGGCGCUGAGGCUCAGCCUCCUCCCUGCGAACUGA